AUCGGUGAAGAGGCAAUAUCCCGAGCAGAAGCAGUUGGAUACAAUUUCAGGCGGUGUAGAGGGGUAACAACAACAGAUCACCCCCCAAUCCUAGUGGGUUGAUUGCGCUCAUAGUAGGCUGCGCAGGUCUGGCACGGGGCGGGUUAUGUGCCACUCACUUCACGCCUCCCUGAAUAGAUCGAAUCGAAGGGCUGAGGACGCGCGUGCUCAAGCAGAAGGAGAAACCAGCAUCACAACACCGUUAUACUCAUAGCUCCGAACCAACCACAGACCGAAUGUGGAAGGGAAGAACUUGAUGCCAAGAACCGUAAAUGAACCACGGAUUAUCAUUUCAAUUUGAAUCCGAAAUAGAGUGUACUGAAUCGCCGGCCAAUAGACAGAUUUGGGUGAAAGGUGUAUGGACGUGGUGCUAAAGAGGAAUUAACGCGAAAACCCGCGGUCAGCACACCAAUUUGUUGGAGGGGAGAAUAUAGGACUGCCUACAGAGCAGAAGCGGACUGGAGAGAGUGAGAGAGAUAGAGAGAGAGGGAGGACGGAGUGCAGUGAAGUGAGUAGAUUGUGGUUUCUCCCGUUGCUGUCAUGUUCGCUGGCUGUUCAAAGAGGGAUUAAAAUGACGCGUGUUUUGCAGAGCUCCAAACUGUCAUACACGUUGAUGCAGUCAGUCACGAGAUGUGCAGCAGGGGGAGUUGAGCCUCGACCCGGGCAGUGAACAGUGUAAAGGUGCGCAGCAGUGACAGGGAAUCCGUCUGGAUUUAACGCACGAUAUUUUGUGAACAGCGGGGAUAUUAAAGUUGCAUUCGUGUCUUUUAUUUAUUUAGAUUAUUCCUAAUUUAUUCAUCACAAAAGGGGGUUCGUUGGGGAAACGCACCAUUGAACAAAGGAUUUAGGAGAAACGACAACUGUAACCCAAUUCUGCCAUUCUGAGUGCGUCUCCCUUCUGGCGUGUCAAAUCGGGACAGUUACCAGAAGAGAAAAGGUACGGUGGAAUACAGAGUGUUCUCUGUCUGGUUCCGAACCCGGGAGAGGGUUGAACACAGUUUUAUCACCUUCCUAACCCGGGAGAGCAUUGAACACAGUUUUAUCACCUUCCUAACCCAGGAGAGGGUUGAACACAGUUUUAUCACCUUCCUAACCCAGGAGAGGGUUGAACACAGUUUUAUCACCUUCCUAACCCAGGAGAGAGUUGAAUAAUUCGGUCGGGGGCGCAGAGCUGAUCCACAGCCGUGGGAAUGUGGGUGGAAAGUGUAAACGCAAACGAAGCAGGAGGGCUUCAACUCUAAAAUGUGACUUUUUCCAAUACAUCCCCGCUAUACAAGUAACACGUGCAUUCUGCAAUCGUUUCCAUCGGAUUUGUUUACGUCGCACAAGAGAUGGCGUUCUUCCCUGUCCUCCUCCUCCUCUCCGUGGUCCAGCGUGGUUCCUCCCAGGACCCUGAUGAGGACUCGUUGGCAGUGCCCCGGGGGUGUGGCUGGGGCCUGGUGCGCCCCUACACCCUCCUCUGCGACCUGGACUCUGUUUGGGGCGUGGCGGUCGAAUCUGCAGCGGCCGGCGGCGCCCUGGCUGCCAUUUUACUGGGCCUGAUCAUCCUCUGCCGACUACACCACGUGAGCGAGGCGGAGAAGCGCAGCGGCGUGGGACCAAUUCUCCUCCUGCUCCUGGGCAUCCUGGGCCUGUUCGGCCUCAGUUUCGCCUACCUCAUCGAGCGUGACGAGCAGCUGUGUCUUCUGCGCCGUGCCCUCUGGGGCCUGCUCUUCGCCCUGUGCUUCUCCUGCCUGCUGGUGCAGGGUGUGCGGCUCAGGAGGUUGGGCAGCGAGCGCCGGAGCCCGGGGGGCUGCACUCUGACCGGCCUGGCCCUGGGGCUGAGCGCCGUCCAGGGGAUCAUCGCCGCCGAGUGGCUCCUGCUCACGGUGCUCAGGGAGGGCAGAGCGGCCUGCCAGUACCUGCCUCUGGACUUCUCCUUAGCCUGUAGCUAUGUGCUUGCGCUACUGCUAGCCGCACUGGGGGCGGCCUCCUUCGCUCUCUGUGGGAAGACCCGGCAGUGGCGCUGUAACGCGGUCUGGCUCCUCUCCGCCUGUCUGUUGUCCCUCCUCCUCUGGGUUGCCUGGGUGGGCUUCUAUCUCUACGGUAACGCCUGGCUGGGGCGGUCCCCGGACUGGGACGAUCCAGCAUUGGCGAUAGCACUGGUGGCACAGGGUUGGCUCCUCCUCCUGUUCCACGCCGUGCCCGAGGCACACUCCUGUCUCUGCUCCCCGCCACAACCCUCCGCCCCUGACUAUUUUGACACGUCCCAGGCCCCGUCCCGCAUGAGGGAGACCAGCUUCGACGAGGACAUCCCCCUCUCACACAGGCAGUUUCCGGAGAACCAGGGCUACGGCUUUGACGAAAACACUGCAGGUCUGAGGAGUGCAGGUCAUCAUAAUGGUAACACAGCGCCCAGACCCAGUGCCCCCUUCCGCAGCAACGUGUACCAGCCCACUGAGAUGACCAUGAUCCUGAAUGGAGGAGCGGUGAGUUCUCAUAUUGUCCCCUCCGCACCCCCGACCUAUACGGGGCGGCAGCUGUGGUGAAGGACAGAGAUGAAGAAGAAGAGGAAGGAAGAAUGGGGUGAUGAAGAAGGGAUGAAGGGUCCUUGGACAGAGGAAUAACCCAGAGAGGAUAACUAUAACAUGGACACUAUCAGGACCCCCCUUACUGAGGGCUUACACACACCACCCACCCUGUGUUAAUCAAAUACACUAACCAACCACUGAAUGAGUGUGACUGAGGGGGAGAGCAGGUAUGGAGGACAGAUCAAAACAUUACAGGUAGUUGUGAAGUUAAAUCACUGUAGGAGAUAUUCAACUUAAAAACAAUCCUAUUUUGGUUGCAAAUGCUGUGGAGACCAUUUUCAUCUGGGAGAUGUGAGGUUUGAAAUGUUGACUGUCAGGUUUCUUUUGUAUGAGUCAAGUUUACUCCCACGAGACUACUAAGCCACUGUAUAACUUCUGAAAAACUGUGAAACCUCUCUCCCUUUUGAGAUAUUUGCUCUGUUUUUGUUGUUUAUUUUGGGAGAAACUCUUCUAAAGCAGAAUGUUUUGCUCUGUUCUCCAUCCUCCUGUAGAUACGGUACCUUACAGCCCUGUACCGCACCACAGCCCAUCACACAAUAGAAUAACACACGGACAAGUAUGGCUUAAACUCCAACCUCUCUAGCCAGUGUGUGCCUACAGGUAACUGCCAAAAUACAGGAAACACCAACAUAAAGUGUCUUAAUAGGGUGUUGGGCCACCAUGAGAACAGCUACUGCACCUUGACAUAGAUUCUACAAGUGUCUGGGACUCUGUUGGAGGCAGGCGACACCCUUCUUCCAUGAGAAAUUCCAACAUUUGUUGUUUUGUUGAUGGUGGUGGAAAACACUGUCUCAGGCAUCUCUCCAGAAUCUCCCAUAAGUAUUCAAUUGGGUUGAGAUCUGGUGACUGAGACAGACGUGGCAUAUGGUUUACAUCGUUUUCAUGCUCAUCAAACCAUUCAGUGACCACUCGUGCCCUGUGGAUGGGGGAAUGAUCAUCCUAAGGGGGGAUAGUUAUGGUAGCCAAAAUAAUUGCCUGCUCAGCAUUUUUAUACCUGACUCUAAGAAUGAUGGGAUGUUAAUUGCUUAAUUAAUUCAGGAACCACACCUGUGUAGAAGCACCUGCUUUCAAUAUCUCAUUUUAGGGAUGGGCAUUUGAAAUAAUUUCACUAUUCGAAUAAUAUCAUGAUUUUUGUGGGGGAUAUCUGGAUAGUCGAGUUGUUUAAACUUGGGAAUUAGAUUGCUGUGCAGCCUGUGCUACUUGCGUCCCGCUUGCUUGUGUGUGUGAUUGCAGGUGCCAGUGAGUUUUACGAGAGAGAGAGUAGCCAUACAGACUAAUUAAACAAAUUUGUAGAUUCCAUAGGUUAUCCAUCAUCCCAUCUGGUAGUGCCUGUCUUGUAUGCAUCAAAUCAAUCUAAAGAAGCUAGCUAUGUUUGCCAGCUAUAUUAGCCAGCUAGCUAGCUACCUAGGCUAAAAGUACCUAAGGUUAUUUUGCUGUGCUUCCCGUCCUUGUUUACAAUAACUCCAUUCAGAUUAAACAACAGCUUACCUGAUGGUUUCUGGUAGUUGUAGCCUACUCCUUCUCAUUUAACUAACUUAAUUCUGUCAUUUUAAUUCCAUUUUGCAUUGAUUAGAGAUCUCCCACGUUGCUUACUACACAUGGAGCCACUGAGUGUAGACGGUGCCACUUUGAUUGGCCGACAAUAACACACACGUGAAACCCGUGUAGGCUACUAUGGUAUCUACUUUAUGUCAUAAAAACUAGAAUUUCAAAUGUCAUGGCAUAUCCUUGUGUGUAGCAUUGUCUCAUAGACAAUUACAUUUAGACAAAGCCUUUUCAUUGUUAAAAUAGACUAAAAAUGAAUACUCUCACAAGUAUUCAAAUACUAACGUCCAUUUGGAUAUUUGAAUAUCCGAAUAACCGUGCCCAUCCCUACCUCAUUUACUCAAGUGUUUCCAUUAUUUUGUCAGUUACCUGUGUAUAUAUGUGUGUCUGUACCUAAUCUAUAUUGGCUCUACUCCAAAACUCUGGACCCCAAAAAACAAAAUACCCCCCCUCCCUCUGAGUAACCUGGACUGACUUUUACUGAGUGACCUGGAAUCACUACUACUGAGUAACCUGGACUCACCUCUACUGAGUAACCUGGACUCACCUCUACUGAGUAACCUGGACUCACCUUUACUGAGUAACCUGGACUCACCUCUACUGAGUAACCUGGACUCACCUCUACUGAGUAACCUGGACUCACCUCUACUGAGUAACCUGGACUCACCUUUACUGAGUAACCUCGACUCACCUCUACUCAUCUCGUCUUUCCACUUGUCUAACCCCAAACUGUGAACCCACCCAGGCUGCGGUCCAACUAACCAUAACGACAAUAUGACCGCAAACUACUAUACACCUAUCCAGCUCACCUAGCACCUGGCGGACAGAGCUAAGCUUCUACUGGACGAACAGUAGGAACCGGGGGAAUCCGGGGAUGUUGAUUGGAUGGACAGGAUGUCAGUCAGUGAGGAGGGGAUUUCGAUUGGACAGACAGGGUGUCAGACCGGGACUGUGUAUAUAGGUCAGACAGGCUGUGUUUUCCCACCAUGUUCUCCUGUGACCACAGAGACUUUCUGAACCAGCAGGACUGAACCAACUGUCCCUUUAUAUCAGAGAGAAAUGGGUCGGCGGGGAGGAGAUGGACUUCCCUUUUACUGUUUUGUUUUUUCAAACGUGUGUGUGUGCAUAGAGAUAAAAAAAACAUGUUCUAUC